AUACCUUUUUCACAUUAUAGACUUGGAAAAUUAUCCACGCGAAAAAUUUCCAAAUUUGCGAUAUGUGGAGUUGCCGAUACCAGCCGAUGACGUUUGUGUACGUGUAAGCUAGAAAUUUGUAUUUUUGGACAAGUUGUGUGAUUGUGAAGUCAGUGAAGUGAUCAUCAAUACAUCCGUAUAUUUCCUCAGCAUGGAGUAAAGUAUCUUGUUUCUUCAAUAAUUGAGUCAUUUUAUUAAUUCGAAUUAGCCAUGGCAGACUUGGGAGAAAUUGUUAAAGAAGCUGUGUCUAAUGCUACUCAAAAUGCUACGGAAACUGUCGGCAAAAAAACUCCGGCGACGAUGGAAGGAAUGGCUGUUGCAUAUGGAAGUUUAGUAGUGAUGGCUGUAUUUCCUGUAUUUUUCGGUGCUGUAAGAUCGGUCAAGUUCCAUAAAGUAAAACUUCAGAAAGAAAAGACAACUGGACAAGCUUCUGAUAAGAUGAGUUACUCCGAUGCUGCUAUGUUUCCGUUCUUGGCUAGUGGGACAUUACUUGUGUUGUAUACCAUUUUCAAAGUAUUCUCGAAAGAAGAUUUGAAUCGUAUUAUUACUGCUUACUUUUAUUGUUUGGGAGUGUUCGCUUUAUGUCAUUUAUUGAGUCCACUGAUUGCAAAAUUGAUACCGGGAUCAAUUGAAAACGUAUCUUAUCGUCUCAAGUUCACCAAGGGGACUGGCAGAACACGAGUUAAUAGUAUUGAUUAUUCAUUCACUACACAUGAUGUGAUUUGUUUAGUGUUUUGUAGUCUUCUAGGAUUAUGGUAUUUGAUACAAAAGCAUUGGAUCGCUAAUAAUCUUUUUGGAAUCGCGUUCGCCAUAAACGGCGUUGAAAUGCUGUUAUUGAAUAACAUGUCUACAGGAUGUAUCUUAUUGGGAGGAUUAUUCAUUUACGAUAUAUUUUGGGUAUUUUACACGGACGUUAUGGUAACGGUGGCCAAAUCUUUUGAAGCUCCUAUCAAGUUGGUCUUCCCUCAAGAUUUUCUAGAAAACGGAAUCUCUGCUAGUAAUUUUGCCAUGUUAGGUCUCGGAGAUAUUGUUGUACCUGGAAUUUUCAUCGCUUUGUUGUUACGUUUUGAUCAUAGCUUGAAUCGAAAAAGAAAUACGUACUUUAAUGCUUCAUUUUUCGCUUACGUAUUGGGACUGUCAGUUACAAUUUUUGUAAUGCAUAUGUUCAAACAUGCUCAACCGGCUUUACUGUAUCUGGUGCCCGCUUGUCUUGGUAUUCCUACCCUGAUUGCAUUAAUUAAUGGCGAUAUCUCAGCGUUGUUCAAAUAUGAGGAUUUACCGAAGCAACCUGAAAAUGAAAAAACUGGCAAGGAAAAGAAGAAUAAAAACCAAGGAGAUAGUAAAUCAAAUUCACAGGCUCCUGAAGUGAAAAAUGCUUCGAACAAUGUUUCUAAAAAGAAAUCUCAAAAUUCUGUAUCCCCGAAAGACAAAAAGAAAAAAUAAUUACGUUUUUGAAUGUAUGACAAUAACUGAUGCUGGUUAUCUAUCGACAAAUAUCUCUUAAAAUCAAUGUUCAGUUUGGUUGAAGUGCUUCCGCGAAGACAUGAUUUGACGGUAUAAUCGGACACUGGAGCAUGAACGAAUUUCUUAAGAAGAAAAAGAUUGUUUUCGGUUAUGUUAAGUGUUGUUUCAUUUUUUGUAAAUAUUUAUUACAUUUUGUAUUUUAUUUGUAAUUUUGUUUCUAUAAUUACCUUUUGUUUUGUUUUGUUCACUUUAUUUUGUGUAAAGUAUUUUGUGCUUCUUUUCGUGUCAAGUCGAAUGUGCUUGAUAAAAACUUCCAUUUUUCAAAUAGCUUCCAUCUAAUCACAAAAGUUUAAAUUUGAUAUCUCUGUUCCUGAGUAUGCUUAUUUUAUCGUUUGAAUUAUAUUUAAUUUUAAUUGGAAAAUCGUUUAUGUGUAUUUUGAUUGAUGAAUGUAUUGAAUUGUAAUGUUACCUUUAUAAAAAUGUUGAAAUUUCUCAUGAAGUCAACUGUAUAAUUUGACGAGGUAUGAAUUUUUUAGAUUAAUUUUUCCAAGACUGUUACAUAUGUGUAUUUAGCAUUUUUUGUAUUGUCAUCAAUGACUUAAUCGAUGCUUUUAAGCUGCUAAAAUUGAAUUUAUCAACGCGUCGCCACGUUGUCUCGGGCAACUUGAAACAAAUCAUAAUUAUUUUAAGCGUUUUCAUUUACUAGGUAACUUUACCUAUAAAUAUUCUGUACGCGAGCUCUUCCGAUGCCGGCCUGUACUUCGGAAGUUAAUAAAAUUGUGAUUUUUAA